AUGAAGGGAUUCCUUGUCAACUGUACUUACUUAUCUACCCAUAACUGUGGCCAUUAUGAAGAUGCUGGUGCUACUUGUGGCGCAACUUCAUGUAAUAAUUCAGACAUUCGUCUUGUUGGUGGAUCUAAUGCUAAUGAAGGAAGAAUUGAAGUGUGUAUUAAUGGAGCAUGGGGUACUGUCUGUGAUGAUGGUUGGGGAGCACCUGAUGCUGCAGUUGUAUGUAAUCAGUUAGGAAUUGAUGGAGGUUCCAUUGCUCGUACUCGUGCUUAUUUUGGUGCUGGUACUGGUCCUAUUAACAUGGAUGAUGUUGAGUGUACUGGAAAUGAAGGAUUCCUUAUCAACUGUACUUACUUAUUUAUUCAUAACUGUGGCCAUUCUGAAGAUGCUGGUGUUACUUGUGGUGCACAGCCUGAAUGUAAUAACACUGAUAUUCGUCUUGUUGGUGGAUCUAAUGCUAAUGAAGGAAGAGUUGAAGUGUGUGUUAAUGGAGUAUGGGGUACAGUCUGUAGCCAUCAUUGGACUUACAGUGAAGCUGCUGUUGUCUGUAAACAGCUUGGAAUUAAUGGAAUAUCUGUACCUCGAGAUGUUUCUUACUUUGGUUCUGGCACUGGUCCUAUCAGCAUUGGUACAGUAUACUGUACUGGAAAUGAAGACAACCUUACUCAAUGUACAUUAACAUCACAAUUCUUCUGUUGGCAUUUCUAUGAUGUUGGUGUUAGUUGUGAUUCACAGCCUGAAUGUAAUGACACUGACAUUCGUCUUGUUGGUGGAUCCAAUGAUAUUGAAGGAAGAGUUGAAGUGUGUAUUAAUGGAACAUGGGGUACUAUUUGUGGCAAUAGUUGGGACAGCAAUGAUGCUGCAGUUGUAUGUAGACAACUGGGUCUUGGAUCAAAUGGUAUUCCAUAUAGCAGUGCUUAUUAUGGUUCUGGUACUGGUCUUAUUGCAAUGGAUGAUGUACACUGUGAUGGAACUGAGGAAGCACUUAUCAACUGUCAACAUGAUACUUAUCAUAAUUGUGAUCAUACUGAAGAUGCUGGAGUUAGGUGUAUCAUAAACAGCACCUCUACAAACUGUACUUAUGGUAGCAUUCGUCUUGUUGAUGGAUCUAAUGAUAAUGAAGGAAGAGUUGAAGUGUGUAUUAAUGGAGCAUGGGGUACUGUCUGUGAUGAUCUCUGGGGAGUAAAUGAUGCUGCAGUUGUAUGUAAUCAGUUAGGAAUUGCUGGAACUUCUAUUGCUCGUACUAAUGCUUAUUUUGGUGCUGGUACUGGUCCUAUUAACAUGGACAAUGUUCAGUGUACUGGAAAUGAAGGAUUCCUUGUCAACUGUACUUACUUAUCUACCCAUAACUGUGGCCAUUAUGAAGAUGCUGGUGCUACUUGUGGCGCAACUUCAUUAUUAAAUUCGGUCAAUUGUCUUUGGCCUGAUUUAAUACUGGAUUUUUUAAUGUAG